AUCCACACACAUCAACAACUUUGGCCUUAUCGCCCACGACGUGGAGGGUAUCUAGAUCAGAACCAGGCUUGGUUCGUGUCACGGGACUACGGCCUGAGGCAGACCCCGCAUGCUCUUCGUAUUUAAGUCCAGCGCACACUACUGUGCCUCUCAUGCAGCUGAUGGUUUCUCUCUCGUCUUCCAUCCCAAAGCCACGCGGCCCGCCUAUAACUGUCUCACGUAGAUAACCAUGCCCCCCAAACCCGGCCGGUUUGCUUUCAUUUUCCGUCCAUGGGGUCUAAUCUGGUUCUCUAUUUGCCUGCACUGGGAAGCUUUGACGCAAGCGGUUCGUCGAGAUGGUCUCGCAGCACUUGGCCGUCCACGACAAAUUCGAGAUGCCGCUUCAGCAAAGUUGCUCAGUAUAACCUCUGGCAAUUUUAUCGCUUUUGAAGACACAACCAUUGUUCCCUCGCUCGUACAAGCCGCUGGCGGCGUUGUUCUCGAACUGGGCCCUGGGCCAGGCAAUCAGAUUCAUCGUUAUGAUACCUCUCUUGUCAAACGUGUCUAUGGUGUCGAACCCAAUUCCCACUUUAAAGAUGACAUAGAUGCCAACUUGGACAAGCAUAGCCUACGGGAUAGGUAUAAGCUUAUAGCUUGUGGCGUUGAAGAUAGCGAUGUUCUGAGAGAAGAGGGAAUCACGGACGGGAGUUUGGAUGCCGUGUUAUGCAUCCAGGUCCUGUGUGCCGUAAAGAAUCCGAAGAACGUGAUGAAGGAGGUGUGGAAGCUGCUCAAACCUGGAGGCAAGUUUAUAUUCUGGGAACACGGAUGGAGUAGGAACCGUUUGACGACUUUGGCGCAAGCUUGCUGGAAUCCUGCCUGGAGCACAUUUGUCGGAUGUCAUUUGACCCGGAAUGUGUUGGCGGACAUUCUCAACAGUGGAGAGUGGGAAAAUCCGCACGAAAUUGAAGAACCUGAAGAACCAUUCAGUUUGCUGCCUAGGAUUCAGGGUGUGCUUGUUAAGAAGAAGGCUUAAUUAGACCCUGAUUAGAGUAAAUCCACUCACUCUCUGGAGGUCAUAUCAAGUUGAAAAAUAAGAACGUGUUAUGAUGAAUCACAAUUCCUGAGAUCCGGGCAUGGCUGACGACUCUGUUCAGCGGAUAGGGUAUACCGCCAUCAUGUAAGCAGACAACGUAGGAAUCUACUACAAAAUACCAAGAGCAGCAGCUUAGACAGUCC